AUGGAGAAGAGUAACAGAUCGCGUGGCGCACGUUUCACGACGUUCACGUUCCUCCUCGUUGUCGUUCUCGCCGCGGCGGCGUCGGCGCUUUAUCGACCACGCCGGGAGUUCGUGAUACCCGAUUGGAUAGAGAUCGUCGACGAGCCAGUCGCGGAGAACUCGAAGACCAUUCAGAGGGCGGUCAGGGUGAGGGACGCGAAGGUGACCUACGAUGGCGCACAGGUGUGGAGGGUGCAGGCUAACGAAGGACAGCCCCUGUUGAACGUUGCCAUGGAUUUCCAGGAAGCUGGAUUGUUCGGCUUUUGGACCGGUAACGAGACGGCAAUCGACGUGAUGGUUCGCUCGGAGGAAAUCGCCAGAGUCGCCCGUUAUUUAGAACAAAAGGACCUGGAUUAUAACGUCGUGAUCGAUAAUCUACAGAAGCAAAUGGACGAGGAGAAUAACGUGCUGUCCGAAGAAGAAAUGCAGGAGAUAGAGGGCCGUAACGGUCAUCGAAUGGAAUGGACCAGUUACCAUCGUCUUCAAGAUAUCCACACCUAUCUCGAUUAUUUGGCUGAAACAUUCCCGGCCGUCUGUUCUGUCGUCAGCAUUGGAAACUCUGUCGAGGGGAGGCCUCUGAAGGUCCUGAGGAUCAGCAACGGGAAACCGAACGCCCCCGCGCUGUGGAUCGACGGUGGUAUCCACGCCAGAGAAUGGAUCUCACCUGCGGCAGUGACCUACAUUAUCGAUUACCUUGUCGAGAACAGUGACAGUCUCGAAGCUGAUUAUUAUAUCCUUCCCGUAGCCAAUCCUGAUGGAUACGAAUACACAUUCACGAGGGAUCGAUUAUGGAGAAAGAACAGGAAACGCGCGAUAGGCAGCUCUUGCACAGGCGUCGAUCUGAAUAGGAACUUUGGCUACCGAUGGGGUGGCUUGGGUACCAGCAAGGACCCUUGUCGAGAGAUCUAUGCAGGCUCCGGGCCAUUCUCCGAACCAGAGACCAACGCCAUCAAGAAUUUCUUCGAGGCUAGCGCCGCUAAUUUCAAAGCUUACCUGACGUUCCACAGCUACGGCCAGUUCAUUUUGUACCCAUGGGGCUACGAUAAACGGGUUCCACCAGAUUACGCUGAUCUCGAGCGUGUCGGCAAAGAAAUGGCAACGGCGAUGAAGAAGGCAGGAGGUGCAAACAGCCAGUACACGGUCGGGAACAGCGCGACCACUCUGUACGCCGCUUCCGGUGGCUCCGACGACUGGUCCAAGGCCAUCCUGAAGGUGAAAUAUACGUACACCAUCGAAUUACGGGACACUGGAAAGCAUGGUUUCGUUUUACCGUCGCGUUACAUCAUUCCCACGGCGAAGGAAGCUCUGGCCGCGGUAUUGGUCGUCGCUGACGCUUGCACGGAUUAG